AUGUUGUAUAUUGUUACUGCCGUGGCGAUCAUUUCUCUCCUGACUGCUGCUGCAUCUUUGGCUUUAGCAUUAAGUGUGAUGAAUUCCCAAAACACUACGGACUCCGCCUUGAGAUGCUCUGCAGAUUGAGUUAAAUCUACCGUCCAAGGUACACAAGGCGGGCCGCUCCUAUUUUGUAGUGAUAAGUCAAGCAAUAGGAGAUUGGUGUGGUAGGAACUAAAAACACGCAACUUAAGGACCCUGCAUUUUCUCAAUUUAGCCUAAACAAGUUAUUACAUAAACGGUAAUUAGCACUAAUAGGUUCUUAUUUUGUGAAGAGAGGAUCGUGAAUGUUUACUUUCCUUAGUUGCCCAAGUGUACAGAAUUUUUUCUAGUUUUUGAAAGGAAAAAAAACAGGUUUCAAAUUUUAGGCUAAACAGGCGCGGUUCUUCUAUAGAGGGGGCCCCUAACUGGAAAAUUUUUGCCCGAACGAGUGUUCUUAAAAACCAGGUUCUUCGUCAACCAAGCACGUCUUUGAUUUAACUAUAUGUAUACAAACACCACUUCAAGUUCACAAACCUGUUGGCUCCAUUUUCUUUCUAUUUUCUUCCAUUUUCCCUUUAAAGGUUUAAAGAAGCUACUUUCUUAACACAUAGAAACUUUUUGAAGUUGGAUUAAGUCUUAUUUACAAAGUCAAAAGCUCGUUGCGAAUAAUUGCCUCUGGGGACUAAAUGCUCUGAAUUAAUCUUGCUCUCGAAAGUAAAGAGAUUUGUCUACAUAACAUAUCUUUUUAGGUUCAAGAAGCAAUACGGCUUCUUGAAUUGCACGACUCACUGUAACGUAAACAACAUAUAAGAUUUCUUCUUUGCAGCUCAUCUCCAAAGGAUAGAGAAAAAUAUAUCACACAUGAUCGCGUCAGAGGUAGGUGCUACAACGAAUUUAUGAACAUAUAAGAGAGUGUCAUUCCACGGAUGUAAAAACACCUAACAUAACAUACGAUACACUUCUGAUCAAAGGCGCAUUAAUAAGGGUUUUCAUCUGGACCUCAAUUAAGGUAAUCCAAGAGAGUCUUAGAUUCUGAAUUCCACGCUGUGGAUUCCAUAUUCCAGGCAUACUGGAUCCCGGAUUCCUUGUCAGUUGAUGUUUGUCCCAGAAUAAACAAAGACCAGACUGUGUAAGCAAAUGUUUGCCUUGAGUCUAGACAUUUUGACAGAUAAUUGUGAUCUGAAUAAUUUAAACUAAGGCUUGAAAAACCACUGCAAAAACCGUGAACGAUCAACAUGAGGGAACACAAAUCGCCUGGACUGUAAGUAUCCUGGAGAGUCACAUACAAUCUACUAGAUGUAACGUUGCACGGGACUUUUGGAGCACCUCAGGCAGUAUCCGACCGAGGCGUUAUAAUCCUUUUCUUAUAUUAAACACGGAUUUACACGGAUUUGAUAUUUACUUUCCUUUAUACAGAUGCGAUUACCGGUCUAUACUUGUCAUCAAGUUGUAAUAAAUGCGUUUCAAUUUUCGCGACAACAAUGACGCUUGUGUUUUAAUAUUUACUGCCAACUGGUUGUCAGCAGCACUAGCCUGCGUAGCAGGCGCUCGCUUGGAGGUAGUGGGCGAAAGAGAGAACGGGCGCGCGCGAGCGAGACACGCCCACUACUUGCGCUCACUAUUUCCAAGCGCCUGUUACGCAGGCUACAGCCGCACGCACCUUGGGAAACGAGAUGAUUUAAAAUUAUUUGACUCGAUAAUGACGGUGAAGACUCUAGUUGGAAGAAAAUAUUAUCCUUCCCGCCGUCGUUUUGCGAAAACGCGAUAUAUUCGGUUUCUUCCAAAGCUGUCAUGACUAAGCUGUAAUAUUGUCGUCACAACUAAAAUAAGUUAAGUUUAUGUCCCAAAACAAGGACUUGCUAACCAAAGUAAAGCAGGAGCCCAUGGCUCCGAAUACAUUUUUAUCGCUCACUGUGAAUUAAGCCGCAAAAAAAACAACAACAAAACCGGAUCGAAAAAAUAAAUUAAAUCACCAAAAACAAAUACAAGCUCGCUAUUCCAAAACCCCGCACCGAAUAAUUUAAACUAAGGCUUGAAAAACCACUGCAAAAACCGUGAACGAUCGACAUGAGGGAACACAAAUCGCCUGGACUGUAAGUAUCCUGGAGAGUCACAUACAAUCUACUAGAUGUAACGUUGCAUGGGACUUUUGGAGCACCUCAUCGGCUUUUUAGUUAGUCUGGUCAUACGAAUCAUCCACUUCUAAAAGGUCCUUUUAGGCUAUUUUAGAAAGACCGGAAUCCAUCUCGGAAAUGUUCCAGCGCGAAAAGCAACUGAAAGGCGUGUUCCAUCAACAAAAAUACAACAACAAUUUUCAUUUUGUUUCUUUGUUUGUUUUUUGACAAUGGUAAUUAACUCUUAUCUUACUUUAAUUAAAGUUUGGAAUUACUAAUGGUACAGAUCCAUCCAAGCGCUCAGACAACGACGGAUUGAAAGGUGAGCCCGGACCUCCGGGCCCACAGGGGCCAGCAGGACCUCCGGGACCUAGGGGCUUCAAUGGAACACAAGGACCGAUGGGCCUUCCUGGACCACAAGGACAACAAGGACUUCAAGGAGCAACAGGGUCCACGGGUAUAAACGGCUCUCAAGGCCCACCUGGAAGGCCCGCUGCUGGGAAUUUGUCCCUGUGCCAGUACAAGAACAAGAGAGAAACAGCGCAAACAUUUGGAAUCGCAGCUGAUUCUGUCGUCGUGAUCCGGGAAGAUGAACAUCCGGUAUGUGUAUCUUAAAACCCAAGCAUCUGAUUGGUAAUGACGUAAGGAAACAUUUUGGAGGAAUUGUGUUUAUAAGUUGUUCUGAAGAGAUAUAUAACUUCGGUUUAUCAGGCGGGUUUUAAUUUCAUCGUGCUAUAUUAUCUCUCGAAUUGCUGUAGAACUGGUCCGCAAUAUUCCCCGAUUGGCUUUUGCAAAGUGACGGAGCGAUGCUCGUAAAGCUUCCGGAACUUGUUCGAAAGAGAACCAUGGGAGUUUCAAAUUCCAACGUAGGUUCACCAAAAAAAAUAAGUCAGACUAUUCUACCUACACAGGCAGUUCAAGUAGACAACAAUCUGCGAGGGGUGAUCGAUUUCUAAACGAAAAUAACAAACAAUUAAACCCUAAACCAUAUCGUUAGGUUAAGGAUAGAAAAUUAUGUGCUACAUUGCGAAAUGGGUCGACAACUAUCAUCAUGGCCUGCAGUGCAGGCGUAUUUUGGCGGCGGGCGAAGGCUACUUGGAUGUGCUUGCUUGUUAAUGAAGAGUAUUACUUAUUCAUUCGUUUUCUUUCUUGCAGGGAUGGAAAAUUAUGGCUGCAACAUGUUCAACUGUAAAAGGAGCAGAGUACAUUAUGAGGGACGCAGUGUUUGAGCCAGGAAAAAAUAUACCGGUAUACAGCUGUCAUUGUAAAGGACAAGCUAGACUCUUUGUUCUUGGUCCAGGGUAUAUGAAGUGCGUCAUACACUACUGGAUAUGCCCAUUAUAAGUUAAGCACUAACUGGGGCUAUAUUGUGAGAAAGGAGGUCGCAAAUGUUACUGGGAACAAAUAUACUUACAUAAAGUUGCCACUGUAAAGACCUGUAAAGGAGGCAUGCACGACCCUUUGUUAAUUAGUCUAGUCCUGGUUGUCAUAGGAACCGAAGUAUACUUGCAUUCAGUUGCCAGACUGUUGACUAGUGGCCAGCCAACAGUAUUGUGUGCGUUACUAGAUUUUCCCCGACUAAAAGCAAAGACUUAGCUGAGACCGUAAAUAAUUACAUCAAAAUUGCAUAAUUAGCAAUCAUUUAUAACUUUCCGUCAGGUUGAAAAAGCAGCACCUAACGGGUCAAAGAAAUAUAGAUUGUCUUCAGGCCACGGUGCAUUAUCCACUCACAUUAUCACGUUGUUUUCGAUUGGCUUAUAAAUAAUUUUUCAUAAAUUCUCAUGACCUUAUUUUUUAGUGUCAAUCAUUCAAAAUUCUUUGUGUUUCCUUUAACAUAACCCGACCAAUUUUUCUAAAAGCACUAAUCUUGACCAAAUUUGGAAGUUUUACAUCUACGAACAGUCACCUUGAAACUGAUAUCGAUUUGUUUCGUUAAGAUUUUUAUUUGUUGUUAACAGUGUUAUUGAUACAUUAUCAUUAUGUUAUAUAUAAAUAAGCUAUAAUAUUUGAAAUAAAAUUGUUUCGUGAUGCAGAGAAAUUAGACUGUUUUAUUUUGCUUAAAUCAUUGGGUGACAUCAUGUUGCUUUACGUCAAAUUCUACCCACGAGAACCCCAUUCUAUGACCAUAGAGGACCAGAAAGAACGAGCGUUCGGUCCUUUUAAUGAAGGUUAAGAUAGUAUCGCAAAACCAGCGAGUCCAAAUCACCUCAGAAAUACACAAGGACACAAAAUACAGCACAAAUAAGGGUACUUUAUUUCGUUUCUUUACAAUACUAGAAGGUUUUUUCGAAUUUUACUAUUCCCAUAUGAACCCUAUAAAUCGCUUCGUUACGCAACAAAUUCGUCAGGGGUAGACUGAGUGGAUUAUCUUGAGAAUGUCGGAGUUUGAGGUAUCUAGAUAACACAUUGUCUGGAGUAUUUAGUACAGCUCAAGGAACCUGGAAUGCCACUAAAGACUGGAAUCCAAAAUCCAAACUCCACUGACAAAGACUGGAAUAGGAGGCCGAUUGCGUUAUCAGAUUAAGAGAGUUAUCAAGUGUAUAGAGUUAUCCACCUUUUGAACAACUGGGGCCAGAUGGCUUAUUUUCGGUGACUUGCCGUUGCAGGUGAAAAAAAAAAUAAAAAAAAUCACGUCACAUGAAAAGUUUUAGUGGAAAUUAUAUACCGAUAAAUUCUUACACAAACACUCUAGUCGGGCGUCGCUUACGUUGCUUUAAAACCAGCCAACAGAUACGUCUGACUGGAAACCUCUUUUGCCCUUCCUUAUAGCUAUGUAGUGAGUUUUAUUUCAUGCACCUACUUUCAGCAGUUUACAACGGUGUGUGGUAACAAUAUAUUCACUCAAUGUUCGGUCUGAGAAUAAGUUUUUUAUUUUCAUUUUUUUUCUCCAAUUAUUUGGUUCAAUUUUAUAGGUCAAAAGUUGAAGAUAAGUAGCGUAUCAUUUUGUAAGUGCUAGCUGAAAGUAUUUAAAAACUUUAGAGCUUAAAAAACGUAUAAAUUUGUUUUCCUGAGUGAACGCAAGGGUCCAAACCUACAGAUUCAAAUUUAUCAAAGACAAACUUGAACAGAAUGCAUCGUCCGGAGGAAACGCAAGAGGAACAUUAUUUCGAGCUGACCAACGUAGAUGGAGCUCAUCUGUACAUGAAUGCAGGUUCUGAAGGAAGUGCAAGCGAAAACCCAAAACCAGUAUUAAUGAGAACGACCACAGGGAAAAACGAUAACGAAACCGCCUCGAAAGAAAGACCCGUGCAAGAUGUUGGUGGGGCUGUCUAUAGUGAAGUCACAGCAAAUAGCAACAGCGUCAUUACCCAAGGAGCAGAGCAAGCAUCAUGGAGACUUGAAGGAUCGGAUGCAGUGCUUGACUCACUAAAUGUCGUAACGCAGACAAUGCAACAGCAAAUGAACUUCACGUUUCGUCGUAUGAUGUAUCUGAUGACUUUGCUUCUUGUGAUAAUUCUUUUGACUGCAGCAGUGAGCGUGGGCUUCAUAGUGAAGACAUCGAAGCCUGAGAGAUGCCCGAGUCAGCGCUCCUUAUCUCCAGGUCAGUAGGGUAGUACAGAGUACCAUCGAUCUAAACUCUUAAAAUACGACUUUCCUCUAAUAGUCACAGUUGAAGUUGGUCAAAGUUUUAGUUACGAAUGAUAAAGAGCAUUAAUAAUAGACCGUUUCCGAUAUAUAAAAAUUCGUACUUAAGCCCUAAGGCCUGGGAUAUAAAUUGCAAAGGAAAUGUAUUAUUUAUCUCUGAACCUCUUGGUGACGUCUUUCGAUUUAUUUCCCCACACCUGGGAGAUGCAAGUAGGAAUUUUAAUGUAUCGAAAUUGGGCUAUACCCAACUGUGUCUCUGACCAACAAAAUUGCAAGGUCUUCAAAAAAUACCCUAGGCUAGCUGUCCAAAUAAACUGUCUAAACGAACGGGAGGGAUUAAGAUAGCUAAAGUAGUAGCAGAAAGGCAGGACGGUUGACGAAUCAGUUGAUAAAGAAAAUCAACGUCAAGGUUUCUCUCUCCUGAGGGAACCUAACUAACAGCACACGUUUUUUUGUGUUCGGUAAGAGAUUGGUCAGUUAGAGUUUGGACUGCGGAAUGUGUGAUAAUUCACUGAGCAUAUAACGUCAUUUCACGUAAUUGUUUUUUUUUAAAUUGGUGGAUUCAGAAACGAAAGAGAACCAUAGAAAAUCUGAUUUCAAUUACUUUUACAGCUUAACUUUGAAAUUUUUACUUGGUGUAAAAUUUCAUUUGCACAUAAUUAUUUCGAAGGCUAAAUUAUAGGUGCAUGUGCUUGUGCCGGUAUUUUCAGCGUAAGCAAAGAGUUCCGCCAUGAAAAUAAAAUAAAAGUGAAGCAUCACGCGCAAGGGGUUGAUUAUAACUCUCGGCAAGGUCAAAAGAUGAAACAUGUCGAAACACUAGAGAAAAACAGCCUUGAACAAAUGCCUAAGUUCGAGGGAGUCGUGGUCCGUUAGGAUAAAAACGCAAUUUGAGCUCUUGCAUGCCUGUAGUCUCUUCUUAGUAGAUUUCUUACACUAUUUAGUUAACAAUAGAUGGUUAGACGGAUUAUAGUUAAAGGGUGGUACAAAAUUAAUGUGUACAAGAAAUAAAAUCUUUCUGGAAAAUAAUCUUAAUUCAAAAUGACUUUCUCUUCAUGUAAGCUCCAUCAGAUUCUGGAUUAAGCAGAUGCCUGGGAGCUGUGUACAUCAACGGACGAGAGAUUAGAGAACUAAAAGACGCGCUUAAUAGUACUCGUCGUCAACUUGACGAUGUCAGAGGUGAACUCAAGAGGCAAAACAGUACAAUUGCUAAGGUAACGUCACGAGUAAAAUGUAAAAAUGGCGAGCAAGUCUAUCUUAAAAGACAAAACACUAUAAACUGCAUCUAAGCGCCUUUUUUCCAGUCGGUGUUUACUGAUUCAACUCCCCAAACGUGUUUAGUACCUUAGAUCCUAAACAUGUUCGAAACAAACUUAUUUUCUUUUCUAUCGGCUUUUUAGUUAGUACUGUGUAUGAAAACGAGCAAACAAAGGGCUCACCCGUGUAUCCAGACGAAUUAUCCACUUGGAUAAAGGUCGUUUUAGGCUAUUUUAGAAAGACCGGAAUUCAUCUCGGAAAUGUUCCAGCGCGAAAAGCUAAAAAAGCGUGUUCCAUCAACAAAAAUACAACAAUUUUCGUUUUGUUUCUUUGUUUGUUUGUUUGUUUUUUGACAAUGGUAAUUAACUCCUAUCUUACUUUAAUUUAAGUUUGGAAUUAGUUAUGGUACAGAUCCAUCCAAGCGCUCAGACAACGACGGAUUGAAAGGUGAGCCCGGACCUCCGGGCCCACAGGGGCAAGCAGGACCUCCGGGACCCAGGGGCGUCAAUGGAACACAAGGACCGAUGGACCCUCCUGGACCACAAGGACAACAAGGACUUCAAGGAGCAAUAGGGUCCACGGGUAUAAAUGGCUCUCAAGGCCAACUUGGAAGAACUGGCGCUGGCAAUUUAACUCUAUGUCUGUACAAAAACAAGAAGGAAGCAGCACAAACAGCUGGAGACUCGGCAGAUGCUGUAGUCAUGGUUCGGGAUGAUGAACAUCCGGUAUGUGUGAUUUUGAAUUUAGAUAUCAAUUGUAUAGUGUAAUAGACUGGAAGAAUUGUGAUUAUUAGUUCUUCUGAAGAGAUAUAUAAAACCGUCGGUUCGUCAGAUGAGGUUCGAAGAAUUUACUUUAAUGUUACACACUUUUAAAAUGACUGGUCCCGACUGAAACAGCUAGCAGCGAAUCUCAAUCCGCCUAGGGAAACAACUGCCUGAGGGACCAGUUUUGAAGAGAUUUGUUAAACAACUGGUAAUUUUGAAGUUGGAAAUUCGUUAAUCCUCGCUGUAACGGCGGUCGUCGGUCAACACUCGGUCCUGGUUCGGGAAGAUGAACAUCAGGUAUGCAUGACUUUGAACCUCAACUGGAAUUUAAAUGAAUAACUAAUAUGCUCUUCUUUCCUUUGAACAAAUAUUAUUAGGUUUCAGUCAUCUACUUGAAAUUCAGGCUUUAUGUAAAGCAGAGAACGAUUUGUGCAAUAGAUAAGUUUACGUAAAUAUAUAAGGAACGAUUAAACAUUGUACGGUCAAGUCAACGACCCAUUAUUAUGUUGCGUACAAGUAUGGAAUUAACCUACAACAUAACAGUCACCCUGCACAAGGCUUUCAUUAUAUCCUGCCCCUCUGUUUCGUUCAAAAACUUUUGAUUGUAUUUAGGUAGUACACAGGAGUCUUGUUGAGCACACUGCCCAAAAUAACUUUCUUAGUUCUAAGUUUUUUUUUUUAACUUCUUUACACUGAAACGUGGCAAGUUUAGAUUCCAAAGAUGAAAUUGUUCCUAUAGAGCUUCCAAAUACAGAGGAAACACAGAUACGGAAGGGUGAAAACGAACUGGUUCGUUCCCGCUAACAUUAACAUAUGCUAACAAACACAGUGGAUGCCACAGUAACGGUUUGAUUGACGUCACAGAAAAAUUUGAGCAUGCUCAAUAUGAAUUGUCAAGGAUGUCGGCAGAGGUUCCUUCCUCUUCUUGACUUAUCGAGGAAGAUCGAAGGAGACUCUGUUCGUAGGGUACACCAACACAUUCAAAUUUAUCAAAGACAAACUUGAACAGAAUGCAACGUCCGGGGGAGACGCAAGAGGAACAUUUCGAGCUGACCAACUUAAAUGGCGCGUUCGUGAAUGCAGGUUCUGAAGGAAGUGCAGGCGAAAACCCAAAACCAGUAUUAAUGAGAACGACCACAGGACAAAACGAUAACGAAAACGCCUCGAAAGAAAGACCCGUGCAAGAUGUUGGUGGGCCUGUCUAUAGUGAAGUUAGAGCAAAUAGCAACAGCGUCAUUAUCCAAGGAGCAGAGCAAGCAUCAUUGAGACUUGAAAGAUCGGAUGCAGUGCUUGACUCACUAAAUGUCGUAACGCAGACAAUGCAACAGCAAAUGAACUUCAAAUUUCGUCGUAUGAUGUAUCUGAUGGCUUUGCUUCUUGUGAUAAUUCUUUUGACUGCAGCAGUGAGCGUGGGCUUCAUAGUGAAGACAUCGAAGCCUGAGAGAUGCCCUAGUCAGCCCUCCUUAUCUCCAAGUCAGUAGGGUAGUACAGAGUACCAUCGAUCUAAACUCUUAAAAUACGUCUAUCCUUUUUAUUUCUUUAUUAUUUUAUUUAUUAUUUAAUAUUUAUAAACACGUUCUAAAGCCCAAUGUGAUAUUGUAAAAUGGCCAAUUUCUGGUAAAAAAUAGCCUUUUCAACAGUGUUUUCUCCACAUUUGAUGUAGUGCUUAAAAAGUGGUAUUAUCUAUAAUGAAAAUUCAAAAUGUUAUCUUCCUUUUUUAAUGUAGAUCGUGCAGGUUUCCAGUCGUUUUCGGCAAAAUGUGUUCCAAUUUGUCUUUUUUUUUUUCACGCAGUGCCAUUAAGCAAUAAUCCAGGAUAAAUUCCGAAAAAUGUGCAAACGCACUCAAAAUGACCACGGAAAUUUCCAACGUCGCUUUAGUAAUAUUAACUUAAAGGUGGCCCGAACCUAUUUAUAUGCGUUUUGGUUAUGUUUUUGAUUUGCGUUUUUUAGAAUUAAAGAUUCAACCGAUUUCUAUGAUUUCUGGCAUACCAAAUUAAUAAUGAUGGAACUUUAAGAAAAUGUUAUUUGUUUUCUUGUAGAUAUAAAAGCCUUUGAGAUAUCGGCAUAUAUUUAAAACCGCAUUUUUACUAAAAAUGCAAAUAACUUCGAUAUCCCACGACAGAUGUUUCGUUUACUUGAGCAAAUAAGCCUCAGAGCUCUCUAGGUUUACAUCUGCAAGUUAGAAGGCAAUCGUGACCGUAGAACACGCUGCACAAAAUGCUGGUCAAAUUUAACCUUAAAAUUCUACGCUAACACAUUUAAUUUUGUGAAAGUUGACGCACGAAUAGAGGUAGAGUGCCGACAUGUCUAUCUCCUAUCUGAAAGGAUAUUCCCACCUAAAGCUUUAUUGCAAGAAACAGAGUAAUCAGAAACCUACGCGAACAUAGUUAGCAAUUUUAGAAGAACAACUUUAUGCUGAGUGUGCGGUAAUAUUAAAGAACUUUUAUUCAUCAAACUUAAGUUGUAUUUGUCCCUCUCUUUUCGAAACAAAUCUUAACAAAGCAAAAUAUAGCGUCUACGGAAAACUGUCAAGAGUUUUUAGCAUCGCAAAUUCCUGUUUUGAAGAGGAAUAACGCCACCAACUCCAGUACUUCUAACCAUCCAUUUUUCAGCUGCAGUGAAGACCCUUGUAUUUGGUAAGACUUUGCCAGCAAAUUCGCACGGAAAUUACCACCUGGGAAUAAAGAUGAAGACAAAUAUGACAAUCGUCUUAUUCUUCUCAUUAUCACCAACAGCAAAUUGCCCGUGCGGACGUGAUCGGAAGUCUUAAUAGCGUGAAUAAAUUAACAAAUACCUUUUUUCAUUGCAGCUGAAAAACGGAUGGUUAGAAGUACUGGAGUUGGUAUUUUUCACGCCCCUCCCCCCAGAGCUAUAAUCCCCGACGCCCGCGCUCUAGGUGCAUUUGAAAAUCAAGAUACCUGUGACGGUAAGUUGCGGUUUAUCUAAACGAGCUCACGAAAAAAUAGGGGACGGUGAACAGUCUACCAUUAAACGGUCACCUCUAUUAAGCGCACGCGGUCACCCUUUCUAAGGUCCCAAAGUGCUGAUUUUAUUGUUUUCACCUGUAUUAAACGGUCAAUUUGUUUACAAAAACUUAAUUCUAGGAGUCAAGUACAGCAAAGUUAAAAUCACAAGUGUAACUUGUUUCCACAAAUUUCUCGAAAUCAACUGUCUGAACAGUGACGUUCGGUUAUUUUUAACCGUAGUGUCAACAUUAACAUCAAAUUGAUCGUUAACUAGCUUCUCUUUUAAGAAUAGGCUAGAGAGAAUAGGCCAUUUGCACGAUGCGACGUCAUUUUACUACAACGACCAGAAUCCUUCAGAGUUUUGCUUUCUUGUGCAAAUUAGGGCUUUUAAUAUUUAAACCUCGCUGGGAUUUCCAAAUUUAAAUAUCAAAGAAAAAGCGAGAAGUAUUAUGGUCGUAGUAGUAAAAUGACGCCAUAGUGCAAAUGACCUAUUGCACAAAAAAUUGUCCCCUUCAAAAUGAUAUUCAUAGGGCACUUCUAAACCAUAACCAGCUCCUCUGUUUGUAUUUUUACUUUAGAAAUACAAAAGAUAAUCAAGUAUCAAGUAAAAUGCCAUCCCCACUAACCCUGAUGUUGAAUUUUACGAUACCUUUAUUAAGCGGUCCGCGUGUACAGUUUUGACUGUACCCAGUCUCUUCUCGGAUUAAGCCUCCACCGUGUCUACAUUUCUGCUCGUGUUAAAACGGUUUCAAAACAGGUGGAGAGGAAAUGCAACUGGAACAAUAAAAUAUUCGCUAGAGUCAGUACUUAUCAAAUGACAUGAAAUUUUGUGUGAAAUUUCAAACUGCUAUAAAUAGCAGUACAAAAUUAAAGCAAAACACGAGGAAGAGGAAAGAGGAAAAGGGAUUCUUAGAUAAGUCAAAUUUAUUGAAAAUACCGGACUGCCGGACAUUUAGUGUUUUGAGGAAAACCUUGACAGGUUACCAGCCAUAUAGCCACAGCGUAUUUGAGCAAAAAUCACCGUUCAUAAGUUUUUUUCUCUGUACGGUAUUUGUCAAUAAAACAAAAUCGAAUCGAUUUGUGCAUUGUGUCUAUAUUGCUUUUACUUUCAGUCUUGUGUCUUUAUGGUCUGAUCGAGCCUUGAAGUCGCAACCAUUUCUCUACAUACAAUCGCUUGACCGCCUCGAAUAAAAACCUUGCCAUCUUCGGUCUUAUUUAGUGCAAAUACCACUUUGCUUCUUUGCCGUAUGCCAUCUGACGUCGAGAUUUUCCUCUUUCACUUCUAAAUUUCACAUUUCUCAUCGCUUUAAUACUUUUCUUUUCAAAGGGCCUUUCUCUUUAAUAGGCUGAUUUAGCAACAGGACGGGAACGUCAGGUUGCGACGGGAAAGGUCGCGGAAAGGACUAAACACGACUUCCGGUGCGCAAUUUGCCGCUCUGCCAUGGGACAAGCCAGUUGUUUAAUUUGCGCGCGCCGUCGUCAACUGACGUUCCCGUUCUGUUGCUAAAUCAGACUAAUAAAAAUAAGGAACGGGCCAUUAGAAAAGUUGUGGGGGGGGAGGGUGGGUAAUUUUCGAGUCGCCGGAAUUUUUUUUCGUUAUCAAAUUCCUUGUAUGAAUUUUUUUUAAGGCCAUAGCAUGAAUAUUUUUUAGGGUUAAUUGGCGUGCAUGAAUUUUUUUUCAUUUAAUUUUCCCUUGCGCGAAUAUUUUUUUUUUGUAAUUCGCCCGACCGCCCCCCCCCCCCACCCCCAUAAGUUUUCUAAUGGUCCGUCCCUAACAAAGCGCACCUUCAAGUAAGCAAAGAGUUCCGCCAGGAAAAGAAAAUGAAAGUGAAGCAUCACGCGCAAGGGGCUGAUUUUAACUCUCGGCAAGGUCAAAAGAUCAAACAUGUCGUAACACUAGAGAAAAACAUGUUUUAAUCGCUUGGAGAUUUCAUUCACGUUUUCAAAAAGCCAAACCACCACAAUUAGAAUGCACAGUCUGUUUUUCUACAAACGUGCAAGUAGCGAACUAGAGACGCAGAAAGUGGUACGUCACCGGGCUUGUGGUAAGCCUUGAACUAGCCCGCAUAACAGGCGCUUUAGGCCGCUUUAUUUUUUCUCCUCCCCUCGUCUCGAGCGUGUCACGCUUCGCGCGAAAUACCGCGUUCGCCUCGCUUGGCUCAAUUGCAGGCUAGCCUUGAACAAAUGCCUAAGGUCGAGGUCGUGGCCCCUUGGGUUAAAAACGCAAUUUGAUCUCUUGCCUACAGUCUCUUCUUAGUAGGAUUCAUAGACUAUUUAGUUAACAAUAAAUGGUUAGAAGGAUUAUGGUUAAAGGGUGCUGUACAAGAUUAAUGCGUCGGUGAGAAAUAAAAAUCCUUCUGGAAAAUAAUCUUAAUUCAAAAUGACUUUCUCUUCAUGUAAGGUCCAUCAGAUGCUAGAUUUAGCAGAUACGCACGCGAGAUUAGAGAACUGAAAGACACGCUUGACGAUGUCAGAAGUGAACUCAAGAGACAGAACAAUACAAUUGCUAAGGUAACGUAGCUAGUGAAAUGAGAAAAUGGCGAGCAGGUCUAUUUUUACUAUUGCAUCUUAUCACCUUUUUUCCAGUCUGUGUUUUCUGAUUCAACUCCCCAAACGUGUUUAGUACCUUAGAUCCUAAACAUGUUCGAAACAAACUUAUUUUCUUUUCUGACGGCUUUUUAGUUAGUACUGUGUAUGAAAACGAGCAAACAGAGGGCUCAGCCGUGUAUCCAGACCCCGGGGAGGGGGGUACUUUAGGAACUUCGAGUUCUGGAACCCUUAACCUAUACCAGAGCUAGUUCAGCUGAAUUUUGCUACCCUAUACUAGAGUAAACUCCCAAAAUCCCCCUAUGCUAGAGUAGCUGUUUACCUAGUCUAGAUAAAAUCUUCAACCAACUGAUCAGUUUCCUGAAAAAUGAUACCCUACUCUAGACCCAAACGCUCUGAUUUGUAUACCCUUUCCUAGAGUAAACUGCUUGAAAGAUUGAAAACCAUACCCUUCACAGCGGCACAUACCUAAAAAGCCCAUAUAUGGGAGUACCCGCCCCCCUGGAUCCAGACGAAUUAUCCACUUCUAAAAGGUCGUUUUAGGCUAUUUCAGAAAGACCGGAAUUCAUCUCGGAAAUGUUCCAGCGCGAAAAGCUAAAAAAGCGUGUUCUAUCAGCAAAAUACAACAACAAUUUUCGUUUUGUUUCUUUGUUUGUUUGUUUGUUUGUUUUUUAACAAUGGUAAUUAACUCCUAUCUUGCUUUAAUUUAAGUUUGGAAUUAGCAAUGGUACAGAUCCAUGCAAGCGCUCAGACAACGACGGAUUGAAAGGUGAGCCCGGACCUCCGGGCCCACAGGGGCCAGCAGGACCUCCGGGACCUAGGGGCGUCAAUGGAACACAAGGACCGAUGGGCCCUCCUGGACCACAAGGACAACAAGGACUUCAAGGAGCAAUAGGGUCCAUGGGUAUAAACGGCUCUCAAGGCCCACCUGGCCAUCCUGGAAGGCAUGCUGCUAACAAUUUAACUCUAUGCCAGCACAAAAUCAUGAGGGGAACACCUGCCUCAAUAACACCAGAUGCUCCAGACGCGGGAGAUUCGGAGGUCAUAAUUCAGGAACGUCCGGUAUGUGUGAUUUUGAAUUUAGAUAUCAAUUGUAUAGUGUGAUAGACUGGAAGAAUUGUGACUACAGGGUGUCCCAAAAGUUCGUUCCUCUACUUUAUAAGUCUGUAUUUCAGUACGAUUGGACUUGGUAAGCAAAUCAUUUAAACGAAAGGUGUGUCUUUCAAUCUAAUUCACUAUUUUCGUACUUGCUGUGCCAUCUUUUGACUCGAAUAUUCGAUUUGUGUACUUCCACGCCAAAGGUGCGUGUGCGCGAGUAUAUUUUCCAGCCUCCUUUUUUGUAUUUUAUCGCCCGAAUUGCUCGAACUCCUUCCUUGUUUUCUGUGAAUAUCAAAAAAGAUAAACCCCUUAACGCAAAAACGCUCGAGAGCAUAAGCAUGUAUACUUCGAUUUAUUGGCUUAUCUGCUACUAUAGAAACUGCUAAAAACCUGGAAUUGGGUGGUAAAAUGAUCAUGGAGAAAUGAAGGUUUUAAAAGCAAGAAACGAGGGGGAAGACCAAAAGUCCUGAAUAAGGCAGGUGAAAUAGUUUUACAGAAGGCUAGAUACAAAAUAGGAGACUCCACGAGGAAGCUCUCACAUAGUUAGCAAGCCAAGUCCAGAAAGGGUCAUGAAAAGCUGUUUAAAAUGUUUAAAAUUAGAGGCCCCUGAGAUAGCCGAAAAAAAAAAGCGCUGCUUAGCCUGCCAAGUAACGCCCAGCUCGUCUCAAAUUUGUAAAGAAGUACAAAAGCCUUAGUAGUAAUGCUUCAGCAAAGAUAAGCCCCGUUGGUGCGCGCGUUCCCUUUGCGUUCCGUGUGCGUUCCCUUAAUUAAUAGGCAUAUGGGUCGAGUCUAUGACGUCACUCAUUGUUAUAACCUAGGGAAAAAAAUGCGUUCCUUCAUAUUAAUUAAGUGCCUAGUCACUGCCUUCCCGCAUAUUAAUUAUGUGCCUAGUCAGUGUCUAGCUAGCUGGGUAAAAAUGCGUUCCUCCAUAUAUAAUGAAGUGGAUAGGUUUACUAAUAAGCGUCACUCUACUACAAUAGGAACAUUAGGCUUGCCUAGACUUGCCCAGGCUCUUUUAACCCUGAUUGGAUAGUAAACAUUCUAUUAUGUGUUGAACAUAAAAGCGCGCUUUCCCUUCAGUAUUUUAUUCUCGCAAUCGCUUUGCUAAGGAAAAAGUCUUACUAUCAACAAUAUUUUUUAAAACACUGCUCCAAACAUGCAAGUCGAAUCGAGCUGUAAACUUGUCUGACUAUUACAAAACUGUUUUCUCCUUUCUAUCUCGAGGAAAUGUAAAACUAUUGAAGUCUUGUCAUUUUCACGCACGAUGAAUCAGUUAAUUAUGCGAGUUCGCAAGCCCAAAGUUGAAUACAAAUUAGCUCUACAGGAAAGACCCAAGAGAGAGAAUCUUGACGUAUUAUUAUAAAACAAAUAACUUAACAAGGAUCAAUAAAAAGGCGCGACUCACAAUUGCUAGCAAUAAAAACACAAGAGAGAUACCGUUUUAAAAAACUUUAUUAAAAAACAAUGACAAAAAGUGUCAAAUACACAGGAAUGGAAAUUAAUUAAUCUUCAUCUUCGUUCUCCUCUAUAGAAGGGGAAUAGAAAUUGGUUUCCAAUGUCUUUGCGUUUUUGUGUGUAACUGCUCCGCAAUCCUGACACCGAAGAAAGCCCUCUUUCAUGUAAUAUCUCUCCUCGGGAAUCUGGUGAUUGCAUAUAGGACAAAUCUUGUAGUAAUCGGAGGGAAAACAAUAGAAAUGUGGUGGCGGUGGUGGUGGUGGUGGUGGAAAGAAAAACAAUAGAAAUGUGGUGGUGGUGUAGGAAAAACAAUAGAAAUGUGGUGGCGGUGGUGGUGGUGGUGGUCUUAGGGGAGGAAAACAAUAGAAUUUUGUGGCCUGAAAACCUAUAUAAAUGCGCAACAUUCUACCUCUUUCUCAGUCUACAUUUUGCUCCUGAGGAGUUGACAUGAGUUGGUUCUGUUCUGUCUGCAGAAAAAUCCUUUGGUAGAAAAGAUAGUAAGCAAAGGCACGUGAUGUCUAAACACCGCAAUGCUGGUCUCACCCCAUUUCAAACAGCUCCAAUAUUUUCACAGAAAUGUCAGCGGUUUCGCUUCGAGCAUCCUUUCACCUCCAUGAUCGCCGGAAUGACCGGGUCCGGAAAACGGCCUGGGUUCGAUCGCUAUUGCAAGAAGCUUCAGAGACCAUUUACCCUCCCCCGGAGAGGAUCGUUUGGUGUUAUUCACAAUGGCAGCCUGCGUAUACACAAAUGUUAGUCGUCAUGCCAAACAUUGAAUUCGUCAAGGGAAUUCCUACGGCUUCGGAGCACGAUUCCUAUUUUGAUGUGAACAAACGGAAUUUGAUCGUGUUUGAUGAUCAGAUGAUUGAAGCCAGUAAAGACAAGGGAAUUGUGAACCUUUUUACUCGUGGUUCUCAUCAUCGCAAUCUGAGCGUGAUUUAUAUCGUGCAGAAUCUAUUUCAUCAGGGGAAAGGUAGCCGCAGCAUAAGCCUAAACAGCCAUUAUCUGGUGUUAUUCAAGAAUCCACGAGACAAAUUGCAAAUCCUGACUUUGGCGAAGCAAAUGUAUCCCGGGCAGACUGAUCUCUUUUUAAAUCAGUACGAAGAGGCUGUAAAAAGACCUUUUGGUUAUCUUCUGAUUGAUCUAAAAACUACUACCCAAGAUAAUUGUCGGUUGCGAACAAACGUCCUGCCCAGUGAAGAAGGUUUUAACCAAGCAGGGAUUCAAGGAAAUAUUCCUCAAGAGCUUCUAAACUAUCUGAAGCAGCAAACUCUUUCGCCUGUCCCGCUUCUUCCAGCUAUGCAAGAAAUACAAGGCAACAUGGACGACGUGCUUUCUCGAAACGAUCUUCGGGACGAUGAAAAAGCUAAACGAUACCUUCAGUUGCAAAGCAGAUACCUGGCUUUUAAAGAACAAUUAAAUACAAGAACACGACCGGAAGAAGUAAUCAGCACUCUUCCAGACUUAACAUCAAGGACCCAAGAUUCUUCAACAGCAACGACAGCAUUCUCCACUCCCCUCAACCCCUUUAAUGUAACACCUGAAUUAACACAAGAGGCUAUCUCUCAAAAACCUGACGAAGAAAGCCUCACCCCUCCACCACCCUUAAAUCCUGCUUUCCUGACCCCUCCUCCCACAGUAGAAACCCCAUCACAACAAGGCCCGAAGCGCAAAAGGCGUCGGAUUCAAUUUCUAAAUUAUUUGGAUGAUCAUAAAUCUCAUGGCAAACAGCUGAAGAAACGUCGGCAUAAGAAAUUCAAACCUUACAAGUACUCCAUGGGCGAAGAUGAAGAUUAAUUAAUUUCCAUUCCUGUGCAUUUGACUCUUUUGGUUUUUAAUAAAGUUUUUUAAAACGGUAUCUCUCUAGUGGUUUUAUUGCUAGUAAUUAUGAGUCGCGUGUUUUAAUUGAUGCUUGUUAAGUUAUUUGUUUUAAAAUAAUACGUCAAGGUGCUCCCUUGAGGUUUUUCCUGUAGAGCUAAUUUGUAUUCAACUUUAUAUGAUUAAUUUGAUAUAAAUUGUACAUAUUUUUUAGGAAUUUUAGAUUCUUAAGUCUUAAUUAUGAUAAUUUUACUUUAUUUUAAUUAGCUUUGUUUUAGUGUCCCCAAUUAGUACUGUAAUGUACUAGAAUUUUAUGACACUUAAAUAAAGGUUUCAUCAUCAUUCAUCAUCAUCAUCAACUUUGGGCUUGUGAACUCGUAUAAUUAACUGAUUAACCGUGCGUGAAAAUGACAAGACUUCAAUAGUUUUACAUUUCCUCGAGAUAGAAAGGAGAAAACAGUUCUGUAAUAGUCAGACAAGUUUACAGCUCGAUUCGACUUGCAUGUUUGGAGCAGUGUUUUAAAAAAUAUUGGUGAUAGUAAGACUUUUUCCUUAGCAAAGCGAUUGCGAGAAUAAAAUACUGAAGGGAAAGCGCGCUUUUAUGUUCAACACAUAAUAGAUUGUUUACUAUCCAAUCAGGGUUAAAAGAGCCCGGGGAAGUCUAGGAAAGCCUAUUGUUCCUAUUGUAGUAGAGUGACGCUUAUUAGUAAACCUAUCCACUUCAUUAUAUAUGGAGGAACGCAUUUUUACCCAGCUAACUAGACACUGACUAGCCACAUAAUUAAUAUGCGGGAAGGCAGUGACUAGGCACUUAAUUAAUGUGAAGGAACGCAUUUUUUUCCCUAGGUAAUAACAAUGAGUGACGUCAGACUCGACCAUAUGCCUAUUAAUUAAGGGAACGCACCAACGGAGCUUAUCUUUGCUGAAGCAUUACUACUAGCCUUGUUGUGGAAGGGGGCUGGGAUGAUUAUCUUUUCUCGAUGAAUGCCCAAAAUAUAUUUUUUUCAGCUACCUGGCUCCUGCGCACCAGGUGAUAAAAAAGCUCAAAGUGGGUCAUCUGUGGGUCUACACGCUGUAUCCCACUUCAUGCAGCAACGGCUACAGAAUGUGAUAAAAAACAACAACAACAAAAAGGGUAUGCCAGUUACUGAAAUUCUGAAUACAUGUUCUCGAUAGAGAGAUAUACAUCUUCCGGAAAUUUCAUGUAAAAAUAAAUUUUUGACCAGAAAUUAUAGUGCAUGAAAUUAGAGGAACGAACUUUGGGACACCCUGUAUUAGUUCUUCUGACGUGAAGAGAUAUGUAAAACUUUUGUUUGUCAGAUGAGGUUCGAAGAAUUUACUUUAAUAUUAAACACUUUUAAAAUGACUGGUCUCGUCGGAAACAGCUAAUUUUGUUUCCCGAGAAUCUCAUUCCGCCGAGGGAAACAAGGAAACAACUGUUUCCCGAGGGACCUGUUUUGAAGUGAUAUGUUAUUAAUACAACUGGUAAUUUUGAAGAUUGAAAUUCAUUAAUCCUCGCUGUAACGGCGGUCGUCGGUCAACAUUCGGUCCUGGUUCGGGAAGAUGAACAUUAGGUAUGCAUGACUUUGAACCUCAACUGGAAUUUAAAUGAAUAAUAUGCUCUUAUUUCCUUUGAACAAAUGUUAUUAGGUUUCAGUCAGCUACUUGAAAUUCAGUCUUUAUGUAAAGCAGAGAACGAUUUGUGCAAUAGAUAAGUUUACGUGACUAAAUAUAUAAGGAACGAUUAAACAUUGUACGGUCAAGCCAUCGACCCAUUAUUAUGUUGCGUACAAGUAUGGAAUUAACCUACAACAUAACAGUCACCCUGCACAAGGCAUUCAUUAUGUCCUGCCCCUCUGUUUCGUUCAAAAACUUUACAUAGGAGUCUUGUUGAGCACACUGCCUGCCUCGAAUAGCUUUAGCUUAAUGUACGUAGUGUGUAAUGUUUAAUAUCCAGUUAAUCGCUUUUAAUAAAGUUGUUGUCGUUGUCGUUGUCGUUGUCGUUGUUGUUGCAUUUCGCUUACUUUCAUAGCCUCUUAAGUGCUGACUCUCUUUCAGGGAUGGAAAAUUAUGGCCGCAACAUGUUCAACAGUAAACGGAGCAGAGUACAUUAUGAGGGACGCUGUGCCAGGAACAAAUAUGCCUAUAUACAGAUGUCUUUGUAGAGGAAAAUCGAGAGUGUUUGGUAUUGGUUCAAGGUACAUGGAGUGCGUCAUACACUACUGGAUAUGCCCCAUUAUAAGUUAA